UUUUAAUUAAUGGGAAAAUGGUCCUCAAUACACCGAUUAGACCUCUUCAGGUACAACAAGAUAAAAGCCUGAUAAUUUGGAUGGAGUACUCUUCUUAAAUGUCUACUCUGUGCACGGCAGCCAAUGGGAAAGCCAGGCUCUCUCCCACCUGAUCCAAUGAGUAAUUAAGAGAGGGCUUUUUCUUCCCUACCUCUCCCCUCCCUCCACCCCGCUCCCCAACUAAAGCUUAACAGGUUGGUGGUAUAAUGUGGAGACUUUUAAGGGGUGCCAUCCUAGGAGCUUAGGCAAGAGCCAGGGUGUCUUCUCUGCACUCCUCCAAGCCCUGUUCAAGUGGGUUUGAAAAGCAGGCAAGUGAGGGAAGGAAGAAACUAGAAGCAGGCAAGGUAGGUAACGGCUCUCGGCAAAGUUCGAGAAGUGCCUAUGGCCAUGAGUGAGCUGGGCACUCGGAAGCCCAGCGAUGGCACUGUUUCUCAUCUGCUCAAUGUGGUGGAGAGCGAGCUUCAGGCAGGGAGGGAAAAAGGCGACCCUACGGAGAAGCAACUUCAGAUCAUCCUGGAGGAUGCACCUCUCUGGCAGAGAUUCAAGGAAGUCACUAAUGAGAUGAUUGUGACCAAGAAUGGCAGACGGAUGUUUCCAGUCCUCAAGAUUAGUGUCACAGGGUUGGACCCCAAUGCCAUGUACUCCCUCCUGCUGGACUUUGUCCCUACGGACAGUCACCGCUGGAAGUAUGUCAAUGGGGAAUGGGUGCCCGCUGGCAAGCCAGAGGUCUCCAGCCACAGCUGCGUCUACAUUCACCCGGACUCCCCCAACUUUGGGGCCCACUGGAUGAAAGCUCCCAUCUCCUUCAGCAAAGUGAAGCUGACCAACAAGCUCAAUGGAGGCGGGCAGAUAAUGUUGAAUUCUCUGCAUAAGUAUGAACCCCAGGUUCACAUAGUGCGUGUUGGAAGUGCCCAUCGAAUGGUAAUGAACUGCUCCUUCCCUGAAACCCAGUUCAUAGCCGUGACUGCCUAUCAGAAUGAGGAGAUAACAGCUCUCAAAAUCAAGUACAAUCCUUUUGCCAAAGCCUUCUUGGAUGCCAAGGAAAGAAAUCACCUAAGAGACGUACCGGAGGCUCUCUCUGAAAGCCAGCAUGUGACCUGUUCUCACUUGGGAGGCUGGAUCUUUUCCAAUCCGGAAGGAGUGUGCACAGCAGGAAACUCCAAUUACCAGUAUGCCACUCCUCUGCCUCUGCCUGCUCCCCACACCCACCAUGGCUGUGAGCACUAUUCGGGCCUCCGAGGACACCGGCAGGCUCCCUACCCUUCUGCAUACAUGCAUAGAAACCAUUCUCCCUCAGUGAAUUUGAUAGAAAGCUCAAGCAAUAAUCUGCAAGUUUUCUCGGGACCUGACAGCUGGACAUCCUUAUCCUCCACACCUCAUGCCAGCAUCCUGUCUGUACCCCACACCAACGGACCAAUCAAUCCAGGUCCCAGCCCCUAUCCGUGCCUGUGGACCAUCAGCAAUAGUGCCGGGGGCCCCACUGGGCCAGGCCCGGAGGUGCAUGCCAGCGCCCCAGGAGCAUUUCUCCUCGGAAACCCAGCUGUGACUUCACCCCCGUCUGUGCUCUCCACCCAAGCACCCACUUCGGCUGGUGUGGAGGUUCUGGGGGAGCCCUCGCUAACCAGCAUUGCUGUGUCCACCUGGACAGCAGUGGCCUCGCAUCCCUUUGCGGGCUGGGGUGGCCCAGGAGCGGGUGGGCACCAUUCUCCUUCCUCAUUGGAUGGUUAAGCAGGAUCCUAGGAGCCUCUAUCCACAGAGAUCCUUCUAUGUGUAGAGCGCUUAGAAACCCCAUCUACUGAUCUAGUGAGUCAGACUGUGGAAUCUCCCUUCCCACUAGCUGGAGGCGGAGGUGAGUUAUUACAGAAGUCAUACUGGGAAAGGGUUCAGUUUGGAUGAUGCUAGUUAUGUCAAUUGCAUCUCUCCACCAUUUUCUUCUGCACUCCCAUUUUCUUUGCAGCUUAUUCUUGCCAUGCUUAGGUGACAGAAGUUUGUGAAGUACCAUCCUUGUGCUCUGCCCCUUACUCUCAAAUCGUUCUGGAAAGCCUCACUUCCUUUUCUGUGGAGAAGGUGCAAAGCUGUUAAAUGAGCCCAAAGUUUACCUAGCUAAGGCCACUGCUUCCUGCUUUGUGCAGCCUGGAAAGUAUGUGUGGUUACGGGGCUCAGGUUUGCACUUCUGCUUUGAGACCAGGCAUGAGUGUAAGCCAUAGAGUAAAGUUAACAAAAAGAAUAAAGCUAAUCAUGUAUUACUCACAGCAGUGUGCCCAGACUUGUGGAAAUGAAGUCGUGUCACUCCUCUGCUCACAAACCUUCAAUGGUUCACCAUUACCAAUGGAAUGAAGUUAGAUCUCCUCACUAUAGCUGGGUGUGGUAGCUUAAGCCCAUAAUCUCAGCCCUUUUGGAGGCCAAGGUAGGAGGAUUGUGUGAGGUCAGGAGUCUGAGACCAGCCUGUGCAACAAAGUGAGAGCCUGUCUCUACAAAAAACACACAUGCACACAAAAUUAUCUGGGUGUGGUGGCAUGUGCCUGUAGUCCCAGCUACUUGGAGGAGGAUCACUUGAUCUCAGGAGGCUGAGGCUGUAGUGAACUAUGAUUGUGGCAUUGCACUCCAGCCUGGGCGGUAGAUCAAGACUUUGUCUCAUU